AUGGAAUUACCACAAGGUCUUAAUACCCACAAAGAAGGACAGGUUUACAAGUUAACUAAAUCCUUAUAUGGUUUGAAACAGGCUAGUAGGCAAUGGUUUGAAAAAUUAUCUUCAUACCUAAUUUCUGUUAAUUACAAUCAAUCUAAAUCUGAUCACUCACUUUUCACUAAGAAAACUGCUACAGGUUUUACUGCUUUAUUGGUAUAUGUGGAUGACAUUGUAUUGGCAGGAAAUUCUAUGGACGAAAUUAACAGUAUAAAAGAUCUUUUACACAAAAGAUUUCGGAUUAAAGACCUUGGAGAACUUAAAUAUUUCCUUGGCCUUAAAGUUGCAAGGUCCAAGAAAGGAAUUCAUCUAUGUCAAAGGAAGUAUGCUUUGGACAUACUUGAAGAAACUGGAAUGCAGGGGUGCAAACCUUCUUCCACCCCUUUCCUGAAGGACAUCAGCUCCUUAUACAAAGAAGACAACUAUUUGGAUGAUCCUCAAUCCUACAGAAGACUAAUAGGGAAGCUUCUAUACCUUACUAACACCAGACCUUACUUAUGCUUUACCAUUAAUCUCCUUAGUCAAUUUAUGCAAUUUCCCACCAAUUCUCAUUAUCAAGUUAUUCAACAUGUUCUCAGAUAUAUUAAAUCCUCACCAUCUGAAGGACUAUUUUUUGCAGCAGACUCCCCUAAACACUUAAAGGCCUUUAGCGAUUCAGACUGGGCAACAUGUCCUACUACUAGAAGAUCCACCACGGGAUUUUGCAUUUUUCUUGGGUCUUCACUCAUCUCAUGGAAAUCUAAGAAGCAGAGGACUGUCUCCAGAUCCUCCACUGAAGCAGAGUACAGGGCACUUGCAGCCACUGUGUGUGAAAUUCAGUGGCUUCGUUAUCUAUUACAAGACCUUCAAACAGAAGAGUCUGGAGUUCCUGUUCUAUACUGUGACAACAAAUUUGCUCGUCACAUAGCUCAUAAUCAGAGCUUUCACAAACGGACCAAGCAUAUUGAGCUUGAUCGUCACGUUGUUCGUGAAAAAAUUCAAGAGGGUCUUCUGCAUCUUCUUCCUGUCCGAUCCAACGAACAACUUGCUGACAUCUUUACUAAGUUUCCGCACCGCGUCAGAUUUGGAGCCAUUGUACCCAAGCUUGGACUGAUCGGAAUACACCGUCCAGCUUGA